AGCAAGGAUCCCACUGUUUCGUCAGGACAUGAACCCUCUCAGCUGUAAGGGCUGAAUGUGUGUAAUUGAUUUAAUUCAACUGUUAUGAGGUGGUGGACACUGAGACAUUUUUGAAUUAGAAUCACAAGUACCUGAGGAUCUAAAAUGUGAAAGGGAGUGGCAGGAGUGUGAGAACUUUCUCAACAGGUCGUCCACCUGCACCUCCCGCCUGGAUUCCUGGUGGUUUGCAUUUGACUUAUUUCCAGGAGUUAUCCAAGGGGUUACAUGUCAGCAGCAAUCAUGUCACAGAGCAUAGAAGAGGAGACCAAAGUGUUGAAGCACAGUGGAGGUUUAUUCUGUCCUAGCAGAGGAAGGAGCAGCUCUGGGACUGAAUGUUUGUCUGACCCAAACAAGGAUAUAUUCCCUUCUUGUGACAGAACCCCUCCUCUCUCAGACAGAGGGGGUCUCAAGACUGCUGUAAGGGGCUGUGGGGAGGAGGCAAAGCAAGCUGGAGUCUGUUGGUCUGGCCUGCGGACACAGUGCCAGUUCAGUGCCAGAGGCAAUAGCUCAGCUGCAGAGAGAGGAAACACAGACUCUGCAAAUAGCAACAGGAGUGGGACUAGCAGCCUUCGAGAGGUAGGAGCAAUCAGCAGCAAAGGUGGGAGCCCCAAAGAGGACAGGAAUGCUAAACAUCUGAACACUGUCUCCUCUCCCUCUGCUGCCAAGGGAUCAGUGUUUGGGUCUGACUGUGCAGUGAACAGUCAGAGGCUGCAAGUUUACCUGGAUGAGACAAGUGAGGUCAGUGGCACAGAGGCCAGUAGGAGUCAGCACGUCACCCAGACUACAGCAAACAAACACUUCCAGGCCAUCUCUAAGACUGUCUUACCAAAACCUUUCAAAAGUGGUUCCUCCAGUUACAAGUUAAAUGAGUUCAAAAAGAUAUCUUUGAGACCCAUCAUUGGGGGUGAAGACCAUUGUGCUACUCUCAUCAGAGAUUCUCUUGAGUCACAUUCAAGAGUCACGCCAUCUUCUGCUGAGGACGAAGACAACGUAACUAUGGGACGGAAAAAUUCAGGGAGGAGGCGGUCCCGGAAGAACUCCCAGGGGGACAGGGGCAGCUCAAGAGAGAGCACGCCAUCGAAAGGCCCCUCUGCAGAGGGGGCCUCAUCUGAGCCAGAAAUCCUGCACCUGGGGGAGGAGCCUGCAGGUGCCCAGGGCUUAAAUUCACCUGUGCAUGCAACAUACGUGUCUGUUGCUGAAGAUGCUGGUACUCUAGAAGGAAGCUCUUCCUCUUGCCCCCAGUCAGACGCUUGCAGCAGAACCCCCGGGGCUGGAGGAGGCCAUGCCACCGAGGAGCAGCAGCCCAGUGGAGUCGCGAACCUGGACCUGCUGGAGCGACGCACCGAGACGCCAGAAUCCAAGCGCAGGAGCAUAAAGGUGUCACACGCAGAAAAGUUCUUCGCUAAGAAGGUGAUUGUAAACUCAGACCCAAGCCCAGAGGGGGAUGAGCACUUUGGGGAGGGCUUCAAGAAAAGCUCAGGUGACCAUGACGAUAGGACAAAGCCCACCCUGAGUGCAGAGAUAGAACUUCCACCACAUGUGAAACAAGCAAAUGAAGAAGUCAAGCCCAUCCAAGCCACCAGCAAGAUCGCAGAUAAGAUUAGUCUGUUUGAGGGAAAGGCAGCUAAGCAGCCCAGCGUGAGUUACCGUGGCACACAGAAUGUGGAUGGAGCCCCAAAGUCACCCAGGAAAUUUGAACCUAAGGGGACGGUGAAAGUAAACAGGGGUUUCCCAAACACUGGAGUAGUAGGAAGGAGCCGUCAAUUGACUGAUAGUGACAGUGCUAAUGAUGGGGGUUCAGGGUUCAGAGGUCAUGGGAUAGCAGUUGUGUCAGACCAUCUUAAUAAGACAGGGAAGUUAAAGGAUGCAGUCAAACCAAACUCAGCAUCAUCUUUAGAACCAAAGAGCACAAAGGUCAGGGAAUGUGUGAAGAACUUUUUGGACCAGGUGGAGGGGAGAACUGAUGCUGUUGCUGGUGACAAUCCAAUAGGUAAUGCUCAAAUUAGUGAUGUUCUCGUCAUCCCUACUUUGGGCAAAGUCCCUGUCACAGGAAAGUGCAGAAUCCCCAGAAAGAAAUUGUCAGAAGAGAUAUUGACAUCAUCACCACUGGAAGCGCCAUCUGUAUCCCAAGGUGAUGCGACUGAUCUGAAGAUGCAUGGUGAAAAGACCUCUGAACCAAAGCACCCCGCUGUGAAAGACAUGCUGCUUCUCUCUCUGUCUAUGAAUGCCCCCAAACCAUCUAACAAACUGAAGAUGUUAGGCUCUCCCAACCAAACCCCAGGGGCUGAUCAAUCCAAGGAAGCAUCCCCAAACAAAGGGUCUGGCAGGUCAGGCUCCAAGUCUAAGAGGCGGAAGAGUAAGGAGGGUACCAGGUCUGUGAGCGCCAGCAGGGACAGCAAUGGAUCCAAGAUUACUACUGCAUCUGAACCGGACUCAAAGACUGUUACAGCUCCUCAACCAGACACAAAGAUUGUUACAACACCCAAACAAAAAUCAAAGUCUAUUACAGUGCCUGAGGUGGAACCUAAGAUUAUUACAGAAUUUGAGCCAGAAUCAAAGGAUAUUACAAUACCUGAGGUAGAGUCAAACAGGAUUAUUGUUUCUGACAUAAACACUGUUAUAGCACCUGAGGCAAAAUCAGAGACCAUUGCAGAACCCAAACACAAUUCAAAGACAAUUACAGCACCUCUGCUGGACCCAAAGUUUGGCACACUACCUGAAUUAGGAUCGAAGGCCAUUAAAGCACCUGCUGCCCCUUUGCCUGACUCUGCGGAAGGAGGGGGUAUUCAAAGUCAAGUGCUUAAGAGUCAGCUACCAAAGAAUGUAUUACCCAAUUCUAUAAAAGAGCUUGGUGUUCUGUCCGGAAAUGACCCUAGCAUCAGUAAAGGUAAACCCAAAAGCAGAGUAAUGAAACCUGAAGAUGUAUUCUGUCCAGCACAUGACAUGAUAGAAGCGGUGGCAAAGAUUGCAGGAGGAAUGUCACCGACUGAACCAAGAAGCCUGGUAGAGAAGGGCCCUUCUGAUGUGAUUCAAGAAGGAAGUAGAUUGCUUUCAGAAACCCAGCCCUCUUACUUGAAAAACAAUCAAGAUGAAAUUGUUCUACCAGGCAACGAGCAAUUGUCAUGCUCUCUACUAAAGAGCUGUGAGGUGGGACAGCCUAUGAAAUCAGAAUUUCAGUCAGAAACUGCCAUUGCACACUUGGAGAAGACUCAGAAAAAUAAGGUUAUAUCUGCCAGCCAAUCACAGGAGGAGGAACAGGAAAAGCCACAGAGGCCAUCCAAUGGAAGCUCAAUGCAAAGUGAGCAUACAGUUGCACCACCCAUAUCAUCACCACUUCCUGCCGCUGUACAAAGUAGCAUUUAUAUUGAAGCAAAGACAAGGGAAGAGGUGCCAAGUCAAUCAGGAAGUACCUCAACAGAUGCCGUGCCAUUUCAACAUGAGUUUCAUCCUACCACUGUGUCGAAGACAGCUCAACAGAAAGCCUUUGUUCUCCCUGACCCAGUUAAUGGUUCAAAAAUAGUAUCAGAUCCUGUCACUCAGUUCUGUCCUGGAAGCAAAAGCCCUCUGCCCCGUAACAGCCUUUCAGUUAGGCGAGAUGCUCCCUCCAGCUGGCUCGAUGUGGACCUGAGUUUUAAGCAGAAACAGAAGAGCUCCAAGACUGAGCUGAGCUCUUCCAUCAGUGAGAACAGUCUUUUGGACACAUCGGAUGAGUUUAAGGACUUCAUUGAGAACAUUAAGAAGCUGGGGGCACCUUUCUCCCUGCCUCUGAGAAGGCACAGUCACCUCAAGGCUCCCUCACCUCCAUUUGCUAUGCCAGCCAUAAAGGAAGACCAUUUUGAAAAGACUUUUGAUCCAAAGGAAUUCCAAUUUGGGCUGAGGAAAAAUACAGGACUGAAAGGCCCAUUACCUGGAAUGAUGGUGAAGCUUCAGAGCACAGAUGCAAAAAGCCAGCUGAAGCCCAAACGGGCAAGUGCUGAAGAGAGGAGUAUGCUUUUCAAAUCUCUCCAGACUCCCUCCAGACUCCUCCGGGAGAAACAUAAGCUCCAAGAUAAACAGCGGGAGGAGACAGAGAGAGAUGAGCCCAGUCCUGUCCAGUCACGCCUGGGAAGGAGCUCUGUCUUCUCCAGUCUGAUGAGCUCCUCCUCCAAGACAAAGCAGCCUGAUGAUCAGACAGACUCCACCCUGACUAAUAAUGAAUCCUCCAGUGAGGUCCUGGAGUCUUCCCUCCCAGCAUCUCUGACUUUAGCUAUCCAUGCUCACUCUGGGAUGGACAGGGAUUCCACCGCUCAGCCUGCUGCCCCAGGUCCCUCAUCAUCUCCGAUCCCAUCCUUCUCAGAUGUCAAGCCAGCCAAUUACUUGGAGAAAAACCUUCAACAAGAGCUGGAGAAAGUUGAACUGGGCCCAGGAAGUGACCUGUUGAACUCGAAGAUCCAGUCUGAGGAGAUGGCUAGGAGUGGUGCUCAUCUGCACAUGCACCAGCUCAGUUCUCCUAUACCAGGCGGAAUGGACGUGAGGAUUGGGGCAGACGUUCACAUGAUAGAUAAACAGUGCCCAACUCAGCCCAACCCAACCAGCCUGUUGGAAGCCCGGGGACUUCAGCAUAGUUUUUCAAAAGUGCAUGGUGAAUCACUGCCUAGGAAAGGAUUCCACAAACGGCCAGGAAAGAUUGUCAUUCAUCAGCAUGCUCAGUUUGGUGGUGAGGUGUUUGAGAUCUUCACAGACAUGCCAGAUGCCACCUCAUUGAAACUGUCACCUGUGAUCUCUGUCCGAGUGGUGAGAGGAUGCUGGCUGCUGUAUGAGAAGCCGCAGUUCGAGGGCCGCUGUGUUCCCCUGGAAGAAGGCUUCACGGAGCUCGGGAAUGUGUGGGCAGAGGGACAGGAGCCUGGGCAGUUUGUGUCCACAGCUCCCAUAGUGAUCGGCUCUGUCCGGCUUGCAGUGAGAGACUACAGCAUUCCCCAGAUUGACCUGUUCACAGAGCUGCAGGGUUUGGGAAGGCAGUCUACCUACUACGAUGAUGCAAUAGAUAUUUGUACAUUUGGUAUUCCACGGAGCACAGCAUCCAUCAAGGUCCACAGUGGGGUGUGGUUGGUGUACACUCAACCAGGGUACCAGGGCCUUCUAGCAGUGCUGGAUGUGGGAGAAUACCCCUGUCCUGAAGCCUGGGGUUUUCACACUCCCUUUGUGGGAUCUCUGAAACCCCUCAAAAUGGGUGGUUUAACUGUGGAGAAUACUAGUGAGAUAAAGGCGUUGAUAUAUGAGAGGCCAAAUUUCGAAGGACUGUGCAUGGAGGUCGAUGCUGAUGUGUUAGGUUUUGGGAACAAGGAAGAAACAGAAGAUGGAAAUGCAAAGAUCUCAGCCUCAGACACAAAUAAAAUGACUUCUGUGGGCUCCAUUAAAGUUCUUGGUGGGCUCUGGGUGGGCUACAGCCAGCCCAGGUUUGAGGGGCGCCAGUAUGUGCUAGAGGAGGGACAGUAUGCGGACAGCAGCGAAUGGGAAGGGGGGGGUGGCCGGCUGCUGUCACUGCGACCCAUCCUACCUGACUUUCAGUCUCCACAAUUGAAGUUGUUCAGUGAGAGGGACUUUGGGGAAAAAGGAGUCAGCAUGGAUGUCCUUGGACCAGUCACCAGCAUCGGGGAGAUGGAGCCUGGGCUGAAGACGCAGUCUAUCCAUGUCCUCGGGGGCGUGUGGGUGGCUUUUGAAAAUGCAGGCUUUUCUGGAGAGGUGUGCAUUCUGGAAAAAGGCCAGUACAGCAGCCCAGAGGACUGGGGCGGGCAGGACUUCACCCUCUCCUCACUCCUGCCUGUACUCCUGGAUGACCUCAGAGGUGAAGUCAAUUUUAAGGUCCAGCUGUUCUCAGAACAAGGCUUCCAGGGUGAUGUCCUUUCUCUGGAACACAGCAUACCAAUGCUGCCAGAGGGUUUUUCUCUGGGUUCCUGCAAAGUGCGCUCGGGCAGCUGGCUGGGGUUUGAAGGCCUGCAGUUCACUGAUCACAUGUAUGUCCUGGAGGAGGGGGACUACCCUACCCUACGGGCCAUGGGGUGCCUGCACCCCAGCUCUGCCAUUCGCUCCCUGCAGACCGCAGGCUUUGAGUUUUCUCUUCCCUCCAUCACCCUCUUCUCUAAGCCCAGCUUCAGAGGAAAGAGGAUGGUUCUCAGGGCAGGGGUAGUGAACCUGCAGCUGACAGGAUGUGACAGCAGGAUCCAAUCAGUACUGGUGGAAGGAGGAAUGUGGGUGCUGUAUGAGGGGUGUAACUAUCGUGGACAUCAGAUCCUGCUGCAGCCCAGUGAGGUGGGGGACUGGCACACCUUCAGCAGCUGGCAGAGAAUCGGAUCCCUGCGGCCACUCUUACAGAAAAAGGUGUGCAUUCGUCUGCGGAACAAGGAGGCGGGGUUGCUGAUGUCACUCACGGGGGCCUUGGAUGACAUCACACUGAUGCGUAUCCAGGCAACAGAGGAGACAGGUGGAGUGGAGCAGAUCUGGGCCUACCAGGAUGGCAUGCUCAGGUCAAAGAUGCUGGAGGGCUGUUGCUUGGGAACAUCAGGCAGCGUUGUCAUGGCAGGCAAUCGGCUCAGCAUGUGCCCUGCAUCUCAGCAGCAGCAUCAGCUGUGGAGCAUCACUCAGGAUGGGCUGAUACACUGCAGUGGGAAAGCCCACCUGGUGCUGGAGCUCAAAGGAGGUCAACUGUAUGACAAGAACCUGGUGAUUCUCAAUGAGUUUGAUGAAAACAAACUGAACCAGAGAUGGCUUGUGGAGAUCCUGUGAGGAUGGGCGGAAAGAAGCUCCUCUAUGGUCCCUGCAGUGUCCCAGCAGAAUCCAAUGUGUAUUGAUGAACAUGCUCCCUCCAGAAAACCCACACUGAUGGCUCAGGAAAGAUAAACUGUCCUAAAUCCUAAAGAGUGUUUUCUCGGAUAACGCUCAUGGAUAACAUCCAUGAACGUGAAAGUUCAGUUUUUCAUACUGUGUAUUACCCUCAGGUGUACAAUUCCAUGUUUUUGACCGACAGAUUUUUGAAAAAUCUAAAAAAAAGUCUUGUUUCAAUUUUGUCCUUUGUAUAUACAUUUCUAUUAUGAUAUAAAAAGAAGGCUGUUACAUUUUAAAUCAAAACAGUUUGUCCCUGUGACUUGUUCCUUUUACCAAGCAACCCCAUUGUGGUUUUUAGAAUAACACAAUAUUCCCUGUGAACACACACCAUGUACGUCCCAUGGAAAUCAUUAUUUCUAUUCUUUAGA